AUGGGGUGCUGCACCUCGUCGCAGAAGAAGGGCGCCGCGGCGGGGGACAUGAGGAAGGAGCCCGCGGAGAAGCCGUCCCAGAUCGCGCCGGCCGCCUCGCCAUCGCCCACGCCCUCGCCCUCAGCUGAGAUGUCAAGAUUAGAGACCAGUCAGGGGGCCGUGCGCACUAAGUUCAUCUCAAGCCCUGGUCCGCAUGCCGAUCGCCUAUCAUUCACCUACAAGGAGCUGAAUGCGGCGACAUUGGGCUUCCCACGAGAUCACUUUCUGGGAGAGGGUGGGUUCGGAAAGGUUUAUAAAGGUGUUCUAGACGGCAACGAGGUUGCUAUAAAGAUUCUCAACCCCAAUGGAUUGCAAGGGAACAAAGAGUUCUGCACAGAAGUUAUGGUGUUGAACAGGAUGCAUCACCCGAAUCUCGUCAAGCUUGUUGGCUUCUGUGCUGAUGAUGACCAGAGGCUUCUAGUCUAUGAAUACAUGCCUCUGGGUUCAUUGGAAACUCAUAUUUUUGAUCUCCCCCCUGAUAAGAAACCUCUUGAUUGGAAUACAAGGAUGAAGAUACUUGCUGGGGCAGCUCAGGGCCUGAAGCAUUUGCAUGUUAUCUGCAACCCUCCUGUCAUAAACCGUGACGUGAAAUGCGCCAAUAUUUUGCUUGGCGAGGAAUAUCAUGCAAAGCUAGCCGACUUUGGCUUGGCAAAGCUAGGUCCGACUGGUGACGAUACUCAUGUUUCAACUAGAGUGAUGGGUACACCUGGGUAUUGUGCGCCGGAGUAUCUUGAGAGCGGUCAGUUGACUACCAAGUCAGAUGUUUACAGCUUUGGUGUUGUCAUACUGGAGGUUAUCACAGGAAGAAAAGCUUUAGAUCAGAGUCGAAUCAGAGCUGAGCGUAAACUACUCCUUGCUUCUCCCCAAUGCUAUAAUGUCUGUACCAAGGACAAUAUUGUGUUACCUGGUAUAUCUUUGGCCACCCCUUUGAUCAAUAGGAGGGAUUUUGCAAUGUUGGCGGAUCCAACGCUUGGUAAUCAGUACAGCAUGACAUCAUUAUACCAGGUCCUUUCCGUUGCUCGAAUGUGCCUGAAUACAACAGCCAGCCAGAGACCUCAGAUUACAGACGUAGUUGCCGCUCUCGCUCACAUCUCAAAGUCCAGAAGAACGCGGCGACCAGCCCACCAGUAG